UCGAAGAAGAAGAAGAAGCCAUCGAUCUGGAGCAGAAACCUCAAUAAUAUAUACAUGCUGACGUUGGCGACUUGCUAUUUGAACAGAUAAGUAAAUUUGCUUCGCGAUGGUUAAUAAAGAGAACGCCCUCAGUGUGGGCCAGCAGGUGAAGUGGAUCGGCUGCCACGACCCGCUCGAAUCGGUGAAGAAUCUCGAGCACAAGAACGUCUACUUCUACCAGAAGUGCAUCUACGGCCCGCUGACUUUGACGGUGGGCGACUACAUACUGGUUUCCAAUGCGGACGCAGCCGAACCGGACACUGUUAAUGGUUGCGACGUGGCCCGCAUCCUACACAUGUACGAACUGCGCGAGGUGACCGAUCGUGAGCCCUGCCGCGCCAUCGUUCAGUGGUACUCCCGUCCAAACGCCAUACCGCACGUCCACUUCGACGACGACAGCGUGUCCAUUGACUUCGGUUUGGAGGUGAUCGAGGAACAUCGACCAUACGACAACGACGUCGCUCUAGGCGCCAUCUACCGCAAGUGCAUCGUCCUGGAAGGCACCUCACACAACUCGGCGGGAGAGAUCCUCCAAAGCAAGUCGCAUAAGCUUAAGACCACGGCCUGCCCCAUGUUCGUCAGCCGGUACAAGUUCGUCAAGGUGAAGCGGCGCUAUCGCCUAAUUCCGUUGGAAAUUCACCUGGAGGAUCCGGAUGCAAAGCCGCUCUCCCGUUCAGAGCGGAAAUCGUUGGCUGCUCUGCAUGAAUCCAAACGUUCAUCAUCGGCCCGCAAGGAUGUUACCGCUAAGGAAGAAGCCACAAUGCAGAAGCGACGACGGGCCUCAAUGGCGGCGGCCAGUUCGCUGGAGUUCGUCGAUGUCAGUUACUUCAACUGCGAGAACAAGGUGUCGCCCAUCAAGAUCGUUGGCGGACGCAGUGUGGUUCGGCUGUCGGAGAAGAAAAAGAGUUCUGCCCAGGAGGAGAUCAAUGCCAACUAUCUACCGGCUUCGCCGCUCACAGAGAAGAAUGCCAAGGUCGAGACGCCCAAAUCUCGUGCCUCCGCCGCACGCCGCAACCUCAAUCUCAGCCUGGAUCGAGGAGCGGACAGCACAGCAGAUUCCGACUGCCUAAAUUACUCCAUUGUCCAGCAAACGCCAGAUCCGAAGACGCCCUCGAACGACAUGAAGAUUAAACUGCGCAUUUCGGAACGACGGCGUUCAGUACGUCUCGCCUCCAUAGACCACGACCCGCUGGAAAUCGUGGACGAAACCAAAGAAACUCCAAGCUCACGCAAGCGCUUGGGCGUAACCACUGGCGAUAUUUACCAUACACCCACCAAGAAGUCCAAGGAGCUGCUGCCGGGCACUGACUUGACGCCUUCAACGCGUCGUAAGAGUAUCCUAAAGUCAGCUACCAGUCGACUUGCUGAGGGCACUCCCAGACGCAGCAUUCAUCUCUCCAACAUUGUGGAGCAACGUGUGUUCAAGGACGAUGACAUUAUAUCCACCCCGAAAAGGGGACGCUCAAAAAGCAUCGAGGAUGAGGAUGAGGAUUACACGCCAAAGAAGUCUGUACAAAAGACACCAACGCGAACGCGCCGCAUGAGCACCACCACCAAACCAGCGACGACUCCCAGCAAAGGGACUACUACAAAUACAGCUACCGCAGCUGCUCCAAUGACGCCCUCGCAGAAGAUGAAAAAAAUAAGGGCCGGAGAGCUGAGUCCCAGCAUGCAACAGCGUACAGAUCGUCCGGUAAAGGAUUCCAGCAAAUCGCAACUGCAGUUGGCACGCGAGCAACUGCACGUGUCCGUGGUGCCAAAGAGCCUGCCCUGCCGGGAGCGGGAGUUCGAGAACAUUUACGCCUUCCUAGAGGGAAAGAUCCAGGACCAGUGUGGUGGCUGUAUGUACGUGUCUGGAGUGCCGGGCACCGGCAAAACGGCCACAGUAACCGGUGUAAUCCGCACCCUACAGCGUUUAUCCAAGCAAAAUGAGCUACCCGCCUUCGAGUUCCUGGAGAUCAACGGUAUGCGUUUGACAGAGCCGCGGCAGGCCUACGUUCAGAUUUACAAGCAGCUAACAGGCAAGACCGUUUCCUGGGAGCACGCGCACUCGUUGCUUGAGAAGCGCUUUACCACGCCGGCGCCACGAAGAGUUACCACAGUGUUGCUGGUCGAUGAGCUGGACAUUCUGUGCAACCGGCGUCAGGACGUUGUAUACAACUUGCUCGACUGGCCAACCAAGUCUGCGGCCAAGCUGGUGGUCGUCACCAUUGCCAACACCAUGGAUCUGCCUGAGCGCCUGCUCAUGGGCAAGGUCACCUCUCGACUGGGACUCACCCGUCUCACUUUCCAGCCGUAUACACACAAGCAGUUGCAGGAGAUCGUUACCGCUCGCUUGGGAGGCUCGGAGGCGUUCAAGGGCGAGGCUGUCCAGCUGGUGGCUCGCAAGGUGGCCGCCGUCUCUGGUGAUGCUCGUCGUGCCCUCGAUAUUUGUCGCCGCGCCACGGAAAUUGCCGAUACGGCCUCGGUCAAGUGUGUGACAAUGCUGCAUGUUCAGCAGGCUCUGGCCGAGAUGAUAGCCAGUGCCAAGGUGCAGGCCAUCAAAAAUUGCUCGCGACUGGAGCAGAUAUUUCUGCAGGCUGUUGCAGCGGAAGUCACACGCACCGGCGUCGAAGAGACCACCUUUAUGGGCGUCUAUACGCAGGUCGAGACAAUAGCUGCGUUCAUGGGCGUAACCCUACCAGCACCAGGACGUGCUCUUCGACUGUGUGCCAAGCUGGGCGCCGAGCGGCUCAUCAUUAGUGAGCACUCACGCAACGAUCUCUUUCAGAAGAUCCUGCUUAACGUCAGCGCUGACGACAUACACUACGCCCUCCGAGUGGGUGAGGUGAACUGAAAUUUUUCUUUGGACAACUCUGAAUAUGGUUUUAAGUUUGGUUUCAUUAUGUACGUUUUAAAAAAUAUUAUUU